UCCAGAAGGCACGCACUGCUAUUGGAGUCGGUUCCCUUCCCCCGAAGCCAAGCCAACUCCGAUUCGUCUCCUCCGUUCCUCGUCCUCCCAUCUGCUCCGUCGAUGAUCCAACCCAUCCUCCAUUGGCUCUCCUCCGACGCUGAGAUCCUCCGCUAGGAUUUCCCCUGCCGGAUUUGAGGCUUCGGGGCCGAAGCUAGAAGGCCGGCCGCCAGCGCUGCCGUCGCUUACAAUUGGGGAAAUCUGGGCAUCUGAGUUCCUUGGUGAUUGAUUUAGGGCGAUCGGCUGCCAAACCCUGGGUUCUCUUCGGUAACUCUGGAGGAAACCUUUGAGUACCUAUUUGCCAGUUUGGGCAGGUGUUGCAUUGGUCCUGUGCGUAGCUAUAGUUUGGCUGCUGAGAUAUAUGGGAUAAUUCUGGCAUUUCAUGGGAGGUUUGGAGGAUGAUGAACCGGCAGCAAAACGUGUGAAAGCAUCCUCCAUAGAAUUGAGGAGCCCCUGGAACACCUCAUCUCUUUUAGUGCUCACUGGUUGUUCCGGAGCUACAAUGGCUAGACCAUUACCAUCCCAGGGGAAGGAAGAUAUGAUCGGUAGCAAAGGGGUUAUUAAAAGGGUUGAGUUUGUUAGGAUCAUUACUCAGGCCCUUCAUUCCCUUGGUUAUGAAAAAAGUGGACAAAUUCUAGAGGAGGAAUCAGGUAUUCCUUUGUAUUCACCAACAGUCAAUCUUUUCAGGAAGCAAGUGCUUGAUGGAAAAUGGGACGAAAGUGUAAUCACAUUGCAUAGGAUAAGUCUUCUGAAUGAAAAUUCACUGAAAUCUGCUACUUUCUUGAUAUUAGAGCAGAAGUUCUUUGAACUCUUGGAGAAGAACAGGUUCAUGGAAGCAUUGAACACAUUGAGAAGUGAGAUUACUCCACUUGGCAUCAAUGAAAAGCGGGUUCAUGAACUUGCUGCUUGUGUUGUCUCUCCUUCACAGCGUGUUUUACUUGGGUUUGCUAGCCUUGGAAUAGAAAAUUCAAAUUCUAGACUAAAAUUUUUGGAUGAGUUGCAGAAGUUGCUUCCUCCAACAGUGAUGAUACCUGAGAGGAGAUUAGAAAAUUUGGUUGAACAGGCACUGAAUCUGCAGAAAGAAUCAUGUUAUUUCCACAAUCCUCUCAGUAGUUCUCUCUCACUGUAUACUGAUCACAAGUGUGGAAAGGAUUUAUUACCUUCUCAUACCAUUCAGGUAUUGCAAGAACAUCAGGAUGAAGUAUGGUUUGUUCAGUUCUCUAAUAAUGGAAAAUAUCUAGCUUCGGCUUCAAAUGAUAAGUCGGCAAUUAUAUGGGAGGUUCAUGAGGAUGGACGAUUAUCAUUAAAGCACAAACUGAUUGGCCAUCGAAAGCCUGUUUCAAUGGUUGCCUGGAGUCCGGAUGACUGCCAGCUUCUCACAUGUGGAACAGAGGAAGUUGUAAGACGCUGGGAUGCAUCAACCGGAACAUGCCUCCACGUCUAUGAAAAAGCUGCCUUUUCACUGAUUUCUUGUGGUUGGUUCCCAGAUGGAAAACAAUUAUUCUCUGGUGUCACCGAUAGGAGUAUCUGCAUCUGGGAUUUGGAAGGUACUGAAAUUGAGUCUUGGAAAGGGCGGCUAAAAAGCAUGGCCUCAGAUAUGGCCAUUACGAAAGAUCACCAGAAGAUCAUAAGCAUGUAUAAAGAAAAUGUGAUUAUGUUGCUAGAUAGGGAGACAAAGACGGAUAAACUGAUACAAGAGGAACAGACUAUUACUUCAUUUACUCUCUCACAUGAUAAUAAUUUUUUACUUGUAAAUUUGAUAAACCAGGAGAUUCAUUUAUGGAGCAUAAAAGAUGAUCCCAGACUUGUAAAGAGAUACAAAGGCCACAAGCGUAGCAGAUUCUUAAUUCGAUCCUGUUUUGGAGGCAUCGAACAAGCUUUUAUUGCCAGUGGAAGCGAGGAUUCUCAGGUAUACAUAUGGCACCGAAAUAGUGGAAAUCUUGUUGAGGUGCUCCCCGGGCACUCCAGUGCUGUCAACUGUGUCAGCUGGAAUCCGACGAACCCCCACAUGCUAGCGUCUGCAAGCGACGACUACACAAUUCGCAUAUGGGGACUCAGCAAGGACAACCUGAAGUGCUAUGAGACCCACAGCAAUGGAGUUGCCCACUGCAAUGGCAAUAGUAAAUGACAGUGGCUAUGGUAAAGCCAGUUCACUGACAUCCUUCAUCAGUCUACUGAUUUGUCUGUAAAUUCUUUAAAACAAUCUAGUCAUCCACACAAACAAACUAAAUUGCAAUGAAACCAUGCGCUUUAAACAA